GUCAUUUGGUCUGGAAGACUGGAAGACGAAACGGAAGGUCCUCUUGUGGUCGUCCAGUCGUCCUCCUUCUGUUGUCAAGUAUUCUCUGCUCAGCUCGGCCCAAUUCGUCCUAUCUCCUCGUUCAGCACUACUCUCUCAGUCGUCUCGCCCAUCUCCGUUCUGCUGCUCCGCAUCCGAUCUCAGAUCGAGCCCCGUCGACCAAUGGCCACCGACCGCCGAUUCAAGAUCUUUGCGGCUACUGACGGCUUCGGCGAGCAGCUCAAGGACGCCGUCGUUGCGCACCUCCGCGCCCACCCCUCCGUCGCCGACGUCGUUGACCUCGGCGUCGACAAAUACUACUCCGCUGCCGCAGCCGUCGCCCGCAACGUCGCCACCUCCUCCUCCUCCGACCCCGCCCUCGAGUCCCGCGGCGUCGUCUUCUGUGGCACCGGCGCCGGCGUCGCCAUAUUCGCCAACAAGUACCCCGGCGUGUACGCCACGCACUGCAGCUCCUCCGCAGACGCCGUCAACACCCGCUCCAUCAACGCCUGCAACGUCCUCGCUCUCUCCGGCAUGGCCACCCCGCCUGACACCGCCAAGGUCAUUACCGACGCCUGGCUCGCCACCCCCUUCCGCGCCCCCUGCCCCGCAUCUGGCGACGCUCCCUGGCCGGAGGAUAUUCAGCGAUUCCUCGAUGUUGCCCCCGGCGAGAUGGCCUCCAUCCCAGAGGGAUCCGCCCCUGUCCCUGACUCCGCCUGCGCCAUCUGCUGCCUGAGGAAAGGGAUGGAGUUUGAGCCUGUGGAUAUCAUGCCUGGCGGCGAGAUGCGAAUUGUGCGAGAGAGCCCCACUUCGGCCUACGUCCGGUUCAAGGCUGGAAGCGUGGAGCCGGCGCACCACCACACUUUCGGCCAUGACCUGGUGGUGAUCAAGGGCAAAAAGAAGGUCUGGAACUUAACCAAGAAGGAGACCUAUGACCUGGUGGAUGGCGAUUUCCUUUUCACGCCUGCUGGGGAUGUACACCGUGUGAAGUACUUGACAGAUACAGAGUUCUUCAUCCGGUGGGAUGGGCACUGGGACAUAAUUCUCGAUGAGGACCUUGGAACUGCGCGCAGUGCCAUUGAUGCAGAGCUCGGUUUGGCUGACAGUGACAAGUGAAGAGGACCUGGUGAUGCGCGUCGGUGUGUUAUCUUAAGAAGGCUCGUGAAGCAGGUCAAGGGAGAGCAGAAGUCUCCAGGCUUACCUCAUCUAUCCAUCGAUCUGACAGCCUUCAAACGCCUGAAGGCUCAACAAGAGCAACCUCAUUCAGUCAUUUGGCAGGUCAUGUACAAUGACUGGGCUAUUAUUGUAACUUCUAUAAUGCACUGCUGUUCCCUUCAGCCACAGCUUCCAGAGGUUUUCAUAUUUCCUUACAAAGGAGCAGGUGACAGAAAUAGAUACACGCUGAUAAAUGGACAACCGCUAUUAAUAUUGAGGUUGAUGAGGCCUUAUUCAGGAGUGUCACCACUUGUACAGUUUACUCAGCUGAAGCACACUCUUGUGGACUAAUUUUUUUUGCUGACAACUGCUAACUUGCUGUUGUCACUACAUGUGAACAGUUUGCUGUUUCUGUUUGUUCUUCUCCAGUUGGGAUCACUAUAUUUUGUCAUGGCUAACUAUUUUUUUGGAUCAUCGAGAAUGGAUCGAUAUUACAAUUACUGCUCCA